AUGCUUCAAACGGCAACGUUGCUUCGCUAUAACCCCAGUCGUUCAAGAGGCAGGAGCCGGUCUCCAACUCGCGACUCGAGUAAUGCAUUUCGUGAUCGUCCUGAUCAAGCCCGUCCUCCGAGUACCUUUUCUCCAAGCCCAGAGCAGCACAGAACUAGGCAGAAGACCUUUAUCGAUCUCACUCGACCAGACGAGGAGGGUUCGCAGUCGCGGCCUUACGACCUCACCAUUGACGAUCACGUUCGGCGCUCAGACCAGACCCGCGAUUUCGAAUUGAAAGAUGGUACCUUCAUGAGGGUCACUAGCCGUGAAACCGAUGAACAUCAGCAAAAAUGGAUCAUUGGGCGCCGAUUGAUCAACCAGAACACGCCUGAUUUGUUGAUGCCCGAGUCUCGUACACCGAAGGAGCUUGUUUGGACCUCGUUCUGCGACAAUAGUGCCAGGGAAUAUGAGCGCGAGAGCCGAGUUCCAGCAGCAGACGCUCGUCGAAAGUGCAAGAUUGUCUUCACGAAUGUGCCGCACGCAAUGCUGAAUAUAAACCACGUCCAGAAUGCACCGGACAAUCUUUUCUUCUGCCGAUGGCAGAGGAUGACAACUACUGAGGAUACGGUCAAAGGCAACCAGAAUAUGGCUGGAAGGACCGAGCACAUUCACAUAGCAGAUGCAGAUGUUGAAAUCAUCGAGCUGCGGCAUGGUAUGUCGCAAACUGCGCGCAUGGCCCCAGCAGAACUUCGAAGAGGUUUUCGCGGGCGAGGAAAUUGCGACGUCGGUGGGCGCUCUUCCUCAGGAGCAUACACUUACGCGGACUUCUUCUGCGGCGCUGGAGGUGCGUCCCAGGGAGCACAUGAUGCUGGUCUUGCUCUUCGAUUGGCGCUGGAUAAAGACAAAGACGCGAUUCGCACGUACAGUCGGAACUUCGCCCGACCAGGCCUGGACAUUCAAUCCGCCGACAUUUCAAACUUCAUCACGAAGUAUCCUGCAGCAAGGGGCGGCUUCGUUGUCGAUAUCGUCCAUGCUAGCCCACCUUGUCAGCCAUUCUCGCGGGCAAACACAACGCCGAAUGCAGCAAAUGAUGCGAUGAACCUAGCAACCUUUACGACGGUCCGAGAUAUCCUCGAGAUCUGCAAGCCGAGGGUUGUGACUCUGGAGGAAGCCGACGGUCUCACGGACGGCAAAAACCGUGAUUAUCUGCGGUUGCUAUUGUCGUGCUUCAUUGAAUUUGGGUAUAGCGUGCAAUGGAGAGUGGUCGAGAUGGAGCGAUAUGGGGUGCCACAGUCGAGGAAGCGGUUCGUUUUGAUAGCCUCUGGUCCAGGAGAAAAGCUUUCACCGUUUCCCGCGCCCACACAUGGUCUUCAACCCGGCCUACACCCGCCUCCCACAAUACGUCAAGCUAUCAGAAAGAUUCCAUACCAUCCACGGCUCCAUAACAUCGCAGCGACGCGUCUUUUCGAUCCUCCAAAAAGCCAACUCUCUUGGGAUAAGGUGACAGGUACCAUCACCUGUAACGGUGGUGCAGCCAAAGUGUAUCAUCCGAGAGGACGAAGAAAAUAUACUAUGCGGGAAUUGCUGGCUUUGCAGACUUUCCCAGCAAGUUUUGAUUUUCCUCGGGAGAACCCUCCGACGAAGACCUUGAUGAGAAGGCAGAUUGGCAACGCUGUGCCACCGGCAUUCUCGAGGGUGCUGUUUGAGACUGUCCGAGACGCGCUGAAGGAAAAUGAUGUCAAAGAGUAG